GACUAUGACCGGCUAAGGCCUCUGUCCUACCCGAUGACCGACGUCUUCCUCAUCUGCUUCUCCGUGGUCAACCCAGCCAGUUUCCAGAACGUGUGCGAGGAGUGGGUUCCUGAGCUGCAGGAGCACGCCCCCACCAUCCCAUACCUGCUCAUCGGCACUCAGAUUGACCUUCGUGAUGACCCAAAGACCAUAUCCAAACUGAACAACAUGAAGGAGAAGCCCGUCAGCCCCGAGCAGGGACAGAAACUCGCCAAGGAGAUUGGAGCGUGUUGUUAUGUGGAAUGUUCUGCUCUGACCCAGAAGGGUCUCAAGACGGUGUUUGACGAGGCCAUCAUUGCCAUUCUGGCUCCAAAGAGAAAGAAAGGCGCACUGAAGAGACGGCUGGGACCUCGCUGCAUCAACUGCUGCCUGAUCACGUGAGGCUCUGACUUCCUUCAGUCGAUAAACCCAGAAGAGC